AUGCCAAGAAAGAAGUCUGCCACUAAAAAAGCUAAAGAAGCCGCUAAGAGAGAGGCAUCCCACAGCGAUGUGCCUGCCCCAAUAGAACAGAAAAAGCCUAAACCAACGAGCAAAAUUGAAGAGGAAUCUAGUGAUGAUAUCGAAUCUGAAUCCAGCGAAGAUGAAGAUGAUUAUGGUGAGCUAGUUACUGAGGAAGUGGAAGAUGGUAUUAAUAAAGUUAUAUCAGCUAUUAGAAAUAACGAAACUGAUAAGUUAUUGGAUCCAGAGGUCAAAUUCUUUGAAGAUCCUGAAAAGGCCGUCGCCAAAUUGGCUAAGACUGAGAAGCACAAACCUAUCUACUUAAAGGAUUAUCAUAGAAUGAAUAUUUUAUCUGGGAAUCCUAUUGUGGAUGAAGAUGAGGAUAUGCCUUUACAAGAAACUGUUGAUGGGAAACAAUCAUAUGUGUCUCAAGAAAAAGAGGAAAGAACGCAACUGUUAGAUGAAAUCAAAAACGCUUUUGGCAAUGAUGAAGAUAAAGAAAACAAUAAUUCCUCCGAAAAUGAUGAUGAUGACGAUGGCUUCCUGAAGAAGAAGGAACCUAGUACAGUUGAAGGUACCACAGACGAUGCGAAAUUACAAUUACCAAAUCCAAAGGAUGAAGAAAAAUUCUUGGAUGAAUUUGUAAGCCAACAAGCUUGGAUCCCUAGAAAGGGUGAUAAAGUCUUGAAUGUAGAUGGUGGAAUGGAUGAAAUUGAAGAUGAUGAUGAAUUCGAAGAUGCUGUUGAGAAAUUUGAAAAUGCCUAUAACUUCCGUUAUGAAGAUCCAAAUGCUGCCGAGAUUGUUUCAUAUGCUCGUACACAAGCUACUUUGAGAAGAUCAGCUACAUCAGCUCGUAGAAGAAAGAGAGAUGACGAAAAGCAAGUAAAGCAAGAAGUUAAGAAAGAAAAAGAGCAAAAAGUUCAAAAGAAGAAAACCAAGAAGGUUAACCAAUUGACAGACAUUUUAGAACAAUUGAAGAAAGAAUAUGGAGCUGAAAUUAGUGAAUCGAUGGUUAAAAAAAUAACCGAUACUCUAUUAAAUAAUGAUUUCAAAGAUGACGAGUGGGACAAGGUUGUUGCUGAAUUGUUCAACGAGGAAUUUUAUGAUCAAGAAGCAAAGCCAACUUGGAAUGAUGAGGAUGAUGAAAUAAUGGCUGAUUUCUAUGAUGAGCAAAAACAAGAAGCUGAUGCCAAAUUAGAGGAUGACGAACUACUUGAGGAGGAAGAACGCAAUGAUGAAGAUGAACCUGCAAAGAAGAAAUCCAAGAAGAAUAAAAGUGAAGAUAAGAAAGCUAAGAAGAAAGAGAAAAAAAAGCUUUCUGAACUUGUCGAGAGUGCUGUGGAACAAAAUAAACUAGCUAUUCUCGAUGAAGUUGAAAAGGAAGAGGAAGAAAAGAGGGGGAGACUGCGUUCAAAGGAUGAUCAGGAUUUAAAGUUCCGUUAUAGGGAAGUUUCUCCUGAAAGUUUUGGGCUAACAGCAAGGGAAAUAUUCGCUGCAGAUGACACUGACUUAAAUGAAUUUAUUGGACUGAAGAAGUUCGCGCCAUAUAGACCAAAGGAAUUGAGAGCAAAAGAUAAGAGGAAAGUAACUAAAUCAAGAAGGUUAAGAGAUUGGAGAAAAAAGGUUUUCAAUAACGAAGCUGGACUUGUAGGUGACGAAAAGGACAUUCUUAUUCCAGUAGAAGAGAAGAAAUCAAAACACAAGCAUGGUCAUCAACAUCGUCAGCAUGAAAAGAAACGUCAUAACAAAAAGUAA